AUGUCCCGCCCUGCAGAGCUACUCGCCGCCGACUGCGACCGUCUCUACCCCCGCUUCGAGACGUAUCGUCUUCGCCCGCUGGACCCAGAUACGGAUGUGCGCGCGUACCCUCUCCCGAACCUGGCAACAGCGAGCCGGGUCUCGUACACUUCACAGCAGCUGGGCUUUCGGGAAGUGCGCGGCCGUAUUGCAUGGGACCACCUCGAUUCGCUGGGCCGGAGGGGGGUGUAUGUCGACGCGGAGUGGAAUGUCGUGUGCUUUGAGCUCAACGACGCCCUCGAGCCGACCUUUAGCACGCUUGCAACCCUCCCAACCCCGAUCGCGAGUGAGGUCGUGGUUGCAGAGUACCCACGCGCCUUGCCGCUCAGUGACGGAGUUUGGGCCGUCAAUUCCGGUACUGGCUCGCUGUAUAUUUUGACUGAGGGCGGGUUUACCGCUCGCUACGACCUACAGGACGGCCCGUUCCUCUUAUAUGCGGCCCAUGCCGAGGGUAGCAGUAGCACUUUCCGCCUCCUGCUCUCCCGUGCAGUUGUGCAUAAUGCCGACGCGGGCAAGUUUGCGGCCCGCCAGACAUCGUUCGAACUCCUCCAAGUGUCGGUAGAUACGAGCGUGACGAAUGGGGUGGACGACGCGCCGGGCGUCCUCGAGCCUAACUGGCGUUUGGAGGGACCGGAUCUACCGUACUGGGCGGUAUGGGCGGAAGGGGGAUGGCUCGUGUUGUCUGAGGAACCAUUCGGGGUGGAAAAGCUGGCGACCAAGAGCAAAGAGACCCCUGGUCAACGCGCGGCAAGGCUCAAGGCCGAGGCGGACGCGAAGCGUGGGGUCGGCGCGCGUGUGGAAGAAAUUGUCGACGACAACCCAGAAGAGGAAGAGGUGGAAAUGGUGGACGCGACAGCACCUUUCAACUGGACUCAGGAGGCGGGAAGCGUGAGCAUCAUCGUACCGCUGCCUGCCGGGACACCUAAGACUGCCCUCGCCGUCGUCAUUCGGCCCGGAUCGCUUCGUGUAUCGGUACAAGGCGAGGUGUCCGAUCUCUCGGGCUGGCUCGCCCACGAACACAGUUUCUGGUCCGACAUUAUUGUUGACGAGUCGACGUGGACGUACGACUCGGUCUCGGGCGAGCUAGAGAUUUCGCUUGCCAAGCGGGACGGGGACAUGCGCUGGCCUUCGGUCUUCGUUCCUGGUGACGACAGUGACGACGACGACGUUCCCGAAUCCUUCUCGGCUGCAGAGAUGGACUCGAUCCGCGCCUCCUUCUCCCGCGCCCAGCUCUCAUCAACGUCUGAGGAACCACCUGUUCCUCCGGCAUCGAUGCCUGCGUUGCUGAGGGAGGAGAUGGAUAUUGAUUCUGACGACGACGACGACGACAACGACGACAGGGGCGUCGGGCGUAUCUGUGUCAUCGGACACAUUACUGAUGGAAAAGCCGUAUGGAGCCGCCAGCCAGCAACAGUUCUCUCCCUCCCGCUUGUGCAGGCUGGCGACCUGCAAGGGGCGGGAAUUGUUGUCAAGCAAGCAGUUGACGGGCUCCUCUUCGGCCCAGGUAGCGAUCCAACACGUACACCAUGGACGCACAUUGCUACAAACCCGGCCCUCGCAUUCGUGAUGAGCUCGAAGCGCGACCUGCGCCUCGUGCGUCACAUCCACGACACGGUGCUUUGUUUCGACAGUGGGAGCGGAACAGGCACAGGCAACGCGUACGUCUACUAUCCGCCAGAGGACUCUGAGACUGCACGUCAAGGCGUAGUUGGCGUCAGUGGGGGCGCGCGGGGCGCCCUCCUUGGGGUCAGUAGCGUCACGGCAGCCGGGCGAGAGGUCGUUGUUGCUCUGUGUGAGGGCGCCCUGGUAGUGUUGGGCGGGGUUGUGUGA